AUGAUAUUCACAGCCCUCCCAACUACAAUCACCCAACACCACCUCUCCAACGUCACCGCCAUUUGCCUCCUCGCAACCCUAACCACCUAUCUCCUCCACUCCCUCUGGAAGAAACACCACAGCUCGAAAUCCCCCGAGAGCGACCCCGAACAAAAGUCCCUGUCCCCCGCUUCAAAGUUCAAACAGCCCACCCGCAAACCGGGAGAAUGGACUCCAUCCGACUUCAAGCGACCGCCUGCCGCUCCGUAUCCAGACUGGGACGUGCAUACCACCAAGCCAAAACCCUACCGACCGUUCAGAUACGGACCAGAACCCACAGUAAAUACUUCAUCACAAUGGGCCUGCGAAGCAUGA